AUGAGUAGCAAGAUGAGCAGCCAGGAUGAGGCCCAGAGAAGGAUGGAAGCUAAAUUUGAUCAAAUUGCAAAGAACCAUUUGUCUUCAAUUCACAACUUGGAGGUGCAGAUAGGCCAACUAGUCAAUGCUGUUUCAGCUAGGAACCAAGGUAACUUACCAAGCAAUACUGAGACUAAUCCAAGGGAGCAGCUUAAAGAAAUUUCACUAAGGAGCGGGAAAGUGCUAGAGCCAAAGCAAGAUGUGCAAAGUAAGAGAACAGGUACAGAUGUUGAGGGUCCUUUAUCAACCAAUGCUAAAAUCUAUGAUGAAGGAACCAAUGAUGAGUCAGAGGAGAACCAAGGUGACAAGGAAAAUCACUCUAAUGCCCAACCUUCAUCCUAUGUUACACGAAUCCCAUUUCCUCAAAGACUGAAGAAGCAGCAGACUGAACAACAAUUUUCCAAAUUUUUGGAUAUUUUUAAGAAGCUGCAAAUCAAUAUUCCUUUUGCUGAGGCUCUAGCCCAAAUGCCUCAAUAUGCUAAAUUUUUGAAGGAGAUCAUCACUAAUAGGAGGAGAUGGGAGGAUGACCAAACUGUAUCAUUGACUGAAAAGUGCAGUUCAAUCAUUACCAGCAAAAUGCCUACCAAAUUAAAAGACCCAAGGAGUUUUACAAUUCCAUGUGUUGUUGGUAGCAUUGAGUUUCCUAAGUGUUUGUGUGAUUUAGGUUCUAGCAUUAAUUUGAUGCCUUUGUCUAUUUUCAGGAAACUUGGUAUUGGAGAAGUGAAACCUACCUUGAUGACUUUGCAGUUGGUGGAUCAUUCCAUCAAGAAACCUCAUGGCGUGGUUGAGGAUGUACUUGUGAAAGUGGACAAGUUCAUAUUUCUUUUGGACUUUGUUGUGCUAGAUUUUGAGGAGGAUCAUGAUUGCACCUUGAUCCUUGGCAGACCGUUUCUAAACACAGGGAAAGCUUUGGUUGAUGUGUAUGAAGGGAAAUUGACCCUUCAAAUUGGUGAUGACAAAGUUGAGUUUAACAUGUCCAAGGCUAUGAAACAUCCUAUGGAGGAAGAACUUUGUAUGAGAAUUGAUGUGAUUGAUUCAUGUGUGAAAGAAGUAUGUCAAGUUAGUGAGGUAGAACAAGAUUUUGAAGAUGAUGCAGUGGAUGGAAAUGCUUGUGACACUGAACCUUUUGCUAAGUGA